AGUGUGGUGCUCUCUGCUGGCUGUUUGGUUCUAAAACUGGAAAAAACACAUUCAAAGUUCCUGAAAAUAUCUGGUAUCUUAGACAGGCUUUUAAAAGGGAGUUUUAUUAAUUCAUUAAUUCUCAUGGUCUCAGGUUUUUCUGAGAAGGUGCUUUUACUGCUUCAUCAUUGUGAAUUAAAUAUAAAUGAGUUUUGCUCCGUUGGUCAGACAAUGCUCCAAUAGGCAUCUAAUUACUCUCUACGUGAUGAGGUUGUGCGUUCCUGGCCACGUGAUAUCAGUUGCUAUGAAACACUCACUAAGCAGACGCUUCUCUGUAGCGUCCAAUUAAUUAUACAUACAGUUUCUCCAAAAGCAAAGGGAACACUCCAGUAAGACUUGAGCUGCAGGUUGCUAACCAUGUCCUCCCUGUUUGAUUAUGGACUGAUCAGGACUGCUUCGGUGGAGCAGGUGGUUGCACCCAUCGCUAGUCAUUUGUGCCUCCUGGUGCUCCUCUGUGACAGCGUGGAGGAACCGGAGCAGUUCAGCCAGCUGGAGGAGGCAGCUCAGGCCGUGGCUGUGGCUACCGCAGACAUGGCAGACGUGGCCUCUAGGCUCUUUCCGUCCAGGCAAAUCAAUGACACAGAGGAUGAACCCUUACACGCGGAGACGUCGUCACUGCUGGAGUCGCUCACUGUUUCUGGAAAACACGUGCUGCUGGCGGCCCAGAAACUCAGCAUCCAGUCCAACGUAGCUGAACACAGAGAGGAACUCGUCACUGCUACACAGAGCGUCUUCCUGGCAGUAGUCAAAGUAAAACAGGAGUUUUUUUCUCCUGGUUAAAGAUGUCUGCAAGGGUAUUAGGGAGGGGAAAGCACAAAUGAUAAAAUAUUACCCUUUUUAAAAAUACAUAAGGAGAAAGGAAUGAUCGCUUUGUCUGAAGCCAGACGGUGAGUGAUGAAAAGCACUUGAAGCUUCCAAGAGAUUCAUCUUUAAAAGCUGCAGAUGCUUCUUGUGCAGCUGAAGUUACCCUAAAUGGAAAUACUACAAGAGACGGAUGAUGGUUGCUUUGAAUUCUACACCUGGACUAGAUCAGAUGUUUGCACAUGGUCUUUCAGCCUUCGGGGUUCAACAACUUCCAGUGUUGUUGCAGAUAACAAUUUAAAUUAUCCUGACGUGCUUGUUUGACCCAAUGAAGCCCAUUCAACCAAUAGGUGUAAAGGAAAACUAUGAACUGCUCAAAGGUAGCAACUAACUAUCUUGCCUCUGCUUCCAGGCUCUGCUAAUGGACGAUGAUGCUGUUGUCAGGAGAGUUGUAUCUGCGGCUGAUCGGGUGUUGGAGAGCCUCUCUGAACUCGGAUCCUCCUCGGACGUCAAGGCUCUCCUCAGAUCGUUCCAGGUGUUUUCCGAGGCUUUGCUUCUCCUCAACAGUCUGACGGUGGACAGGGCCCAUUCUUUACAGGAUUCCAGACAAGCAGAGCGGCUUCUCGACUCGCUAGACACCCUGAGGAAGUGCAUCUCCAUGUUGCACACUGCCAUGUGCACGACCAUCACACACCCGGCCAAUGAGCAGGGGCAGGCAGCCAAGCGGUACAUUCUGGACAAAGUACAGAGCACGGUGGGUGAAAUUGUCAAAACCUUGCAAGGUCAGUGUCCCUUUGGGUCACUGGGUCCUUGUGGGUAUUACACGGGGAAGAGGAACAGUUUGUUGCAGAAACUUCUUUGUUUCACCACUUCCUCAGUCCAAGACGGCACCUUCGAUAGCACGGUGAGAGAUCUCGUGUUCCAUUGCAUGGUUGUGGCAAACUCCUCUCGUAGAGAGUUUCAACAAAGCAUGGUGGGUCAUUGUCGGUACAUCCUACAAUUCUGGUCAGAACUGAAAGGGAUUUUCAGGUCCUCAGAUGAUCCUGAUCAUAGCCUUGAGAAAACGUGCUCAUCGCUGAGGCAGCAGAUCCAAAUGCUUGACGACACCUUGGCGACCGCUGUUCUUUACCAAGUGCUGGACACAUUUAUUACAGCAUCGUCAACAUUUGACGAACUCUUAAAUGCAGUGAAACCGAUCCUGGGUGCAGAUUCCUCUACAACAGUAGAUCUGAUCUUUAUCCAGCCACUAGUUGAGGAUGUCAUAUCAUCUGCUGACAGAAUAAUCCAACUUGCAAAGUUUGUCUCAGCUGUGACCGUUGAUGCAAAGAGUUUGGAGAGCGUUGAAAACUCACGAGCGAGUCUGAAGAGACUCAGAGGUCAAAUGGCAGCUCUCUCGCUGGAACUGUCAGACAAUUCGGUGCAAACCGUCCAAGCGCUCCGUGAGGCCUGUCAGAAAUGGGAGGAGGAGAGCGGCCAACUUCAGGAAGCUGCCAGUGACGUGCUGGACGUGAGGGAGUUCACCAGCGUUGCGAUCAACGAGCUCAUCAACGACCGUCGAGGAUGCGACGCAGCGUACAGAGAGCAGAGCUACGAGCUGUUCCUCCGACACGGCACAAACCUGAUUUGCCACAUGAAGCUGGUGGUCCAGUCUGUGAGGGGACACCUGGACAGAAGCGACAACCCCAUCUACAGGAACGGCCUCUUGGUCCUGCUCAGACAGGUCCAGUCAUCUCAGGCCAGGGCGAUUGAGUCAGUUAGACACAUGCUUUCAGGGUCCACUCUGAACGUGGAGGUAUAUUCCGCCUUUUCGGACACUGUUUCUGCCGCCAUUCAGGAUUUCAAAGUACUAAGAGAAGGACUGGACGGCCGGCAGCAUCCGCAUCUUCUGAGCCCGCUGCGACAAAGGGCACGUCAGCCUGAAACCUCACGGCCCGGUUCGCCGGCCAAAGACACCUGUGAAAGGAGGAAGGCGUGUACCGUAAAAGGCUCUGAUGCUUCUGUUUUGGAUGUUAUGGAGAGAGAUUCUCAUACUGAACAUGAGAAGAUACCUCUAGAUGAGGAAAUCAUAGAAGCGGAACUGGCUCGUAAAUAUGACGGCGGUGAUUUAGCGCUCCCACCUGUCUCCCCGGUGCCCGAGCUGCUCCACAGGCCUCUUGAAUUUAACCUUUUGCCCCUGCUGUAUGAAGUUGUGAGUGUGACUAAAGGGAAAGAUGUGACGGCGCUCAACCGGGCCUGCACUGGCGUUCUGGAGCUGUCCAACUGUUACGCUCAAGCCGCAAAGGACGCCUCGGCCAUUGUGGACGCGGUUGACCGUCAAACGCUGGAAGGCUUUCGAGCAGAGCUGGUGUCAGUGACUCCGCUGCUCGUUCAGGCAGCUCAGGAGACAGCGAUGGGCUCCGCCAAGACUACGGAGGCCAUCUACAAAUAUAGCACGAAGCUCACUGACCUGAUUAAGAACAUCCGGAAGGUUUUACUGCCGGUAGCUGGAAACUGGUAUCAUGCUAUUUACAGUGAGCUGCAAGGAAGCACACCAACGAAGGCAGACACGGUCACGCAACAUCUAAAUGAAGUAACAAGGUUAUGUACGGACGUGGUCCAGCUCUUGACAUCAUCUGAUAUACCUUUACAAAGCGCCGUUCAGGAAACAUUCAGUGUUUUACAUAGCAAACUCAACAAAGCCCAGAACAACACAAAGUAUCUGGUUGAGUUCUUCACCUCGCAGGGACAGGUAGAUCAACUAGAGGGCCUCUGCAUCCUCUGGGGUCUCUCCAUUGAGACUCUGCUGAAUUCUCUGGAUAAGAUUUUGGGGACCUCAAUGGCAAUUAAUCAUUUGACUCCUCAGAAGCAGCUGUCAGUUUUGGCGGAGAACUCGCUUCGAAUCCAGGAGGCAGCGAGGCUCACGAGCCUGAAUUGCAGAAGUGCUUACAAAUCCAAACUGUUGACGCGGUACCAGGAUGAGUUGAAAACGCUCACUGACGCCUGCCUUAAAGCCUCAGAAGAGCUGGACAAAAUGCCAGAUGUGACAGAGCUGGCAAAGGCCGAGUUCCUUCAGCGACACCUGUUCAUUAACAUUAGAGUUCUUUCUGCUCACUUAAGCAAAGCAAACCAGGAUUAUGACACAUCGCUUGAAGAAUUGGUCAGUCUGGCUCAUUUGGCUGCUCAACACUCAGACAGCAACUUUGAAGAUUUGGAGCAGAAAUUCAAAAAUGCAGCUGAAAGGCUUCUUGAAAAUGUCAAAUCGUCGACCCAGAAAGUCGAGGACUGCCUGAACUACGUCCGCGACCCACGUGCCCGUUCUAACCUGAGGUCUAUCAACGAUCACCUGACCUUUCAGAUCUCAGAUGUCAUCAGCAGGGCCAGGCUCGUGGUGGAGACUCAUUACGUUUGCGACACACUCAGCCUGGAUGUGCGCAUUCAGUGCUGGUCGGCCAAAGCGCACUACGUGGUGGAGGAGAUCGGGAAGCAGGACGGGAUUCACCCGGAGGCUAAAGAGCACAUCAAGGCCGGGCUUCAAGGGAGAACGCCUGACAACAGCACAGAGAUGGCUGCAGCGCCUUCUAUAAACAGAGAGGCAGGAUGUCCUUCUGACACAAUAAUCAUACCGUGGCAGAAAGCUGAAGCUGAGAGCAAACAUGCUGCAGAAGCAAACGUGUGCACAGAAAGAGCUCAGGGUGUUUUGGGCUCCAGUGCAUACAGGGAAGCGUCUUCGCUAACCUACACCUCACUUUUCCUAAAGCAAGAAAGUGACAGCUGGGAUCCCAAAGACAACAGAAUUGUCCAGGUGACCAGGAAGAUGGCCGACACCAUAUGUUCCAUGACCCAGUACUUAAGGAAGAAAGGCCCGAUACUGAAUAAAGACGCAUUUGUCACGGCAGCCAAAGACGUGAUGUUAAAGUCCCAGUCAGUGACUCAGUUCAUCAGAGUGAUUGCCAACCACUGCCUGGAUAAACAGUGUGCGGUUGAACUGUCCCUCGUUGUUGAUCAGAUACUCACGAUCACCAACCAGCUCAACAUUAUCUCCAGCGUCAAUGCUGUAACACCUGGGUGUAAAUCAUCUGAUGAGAUCCUCGUGAAAAACGCACAGAAUCUGCUCCAGACAGUCUUGCGAGGGGUUCAUGCAGCAGAGACAGCCUGUAUAACAGGUUUGAAGCAGCCUGAGCCAAACUCCGACGGUGCAGAGGCCACAGCUCUGUGUUUCCAGUGGAAGAGAAAGCUGGAGAUCCAUCGAGCCCAGCAGACGUCCAACCCUGAGACGGACGAGCUGGGCUUGAGAAAAACGUCCCUGCACCCUGUUGCACCCAGUCUUGCCCCACCAAUUGUGCACGACAGCUACAAGUAACCAGACCGACCUACCUGAAGUCCUUUCACCAAUGUGAACGACCAGAAAAGCUAAUAGCAGAACUAUUAGCUUUUCCUGAAGCUAAUAGUUCAUAUGAAAGCACAGCAAACGAUAACUGUAGGGAGACAACUUAUUGGUUGAUU